AUGUCUGCCGACUUGCCCUCGUUUUGGUUUCCACCACCUGGACCGGCUCUGCCCCCAUUGCCGGAGUCUACCCUGGAGCUCAAACCGCCUGAAGAUGACCCACGCUUGAACGGUACCAUCGAAUAUGUAGAAUACUUACAUUGGUACAUGUACAACAUACUUCAGAAUGAGGAAAACUACCUGAACGGAAAUUUUAGCUGGAAUGAAAGUAAUAUCCACAUGGGCGACGUCAUAGUACCUGUGUCCAAAGCCCCGGAAAGGAAUAUAUAUGGCACAGAAUACGACUGGGUAAGGGGGUGGGAGAUGUGGUGCUUCAGAUGUCCCUCAACCGUUGCCCCGGAGGAACCAGAGAGAGACCCAAUAACUGGAUACCCCUUUUGUGGCGAAAGCAUCCUCAGUAUGGAACCCUUGAGGUUUUUCUCUACUAUGAAAAAGGAGCCAGAAUUGGAAGUCCCCGUAUCAACCGUCCCAGGUGCCGACAGUGUCAUGGCGUGUGUAAUUGAACAGCAGGUAAACCCAGAAUGGUUCAGGGUCAGUUCAACUGCACCGCAAUUAGGCCCCAUCAUAACCAAGCCCUUCAUUGUAUCCCGUAGCCUCAGAGAUUCCGAUUCAGGAGCACGAUACCGCUACGACGAAGCCUUCCCCUGGGGCGUCCUCGAUGACGCUCAAGCAACUCCCUCCCCAUCAUCUUAUCCAUCCUACCCAACCUCAACACCCACAUCAACGACCGACUUCUGGGACUGGUACGACAGCUACACACCCACAAGCGUCAGCAACCCUUCCGUCAACCCCGCAGCCUUCACAUCCAACAGCAAAGACAACGCUCCCUCCGCAGGCUUGAUAAUCGGCGUCCUCGUCCCCGUCGCUCUCAUCAUAGGCAUCAUCGCUUGUUUCGGCAAACGAGCACGCGCUAAGCAGCAAAAAACAACAGCAGCAUCUGCACCACCUGUGAACAUGAAUCCCACCGCCGAUGCCCAUCGCCAAGCUGCUUUUGCUGCGCCAGCGACAGCGACGGUACAGGGGGAUGGAGAUGAUAUGCCGCCACCUGCCUACCACAAGGUCAUUUCGAAUGUAGAAAGGAUGGAUAUUGAGCGCAGGAUGCAUGCGGAAGGAACAACGCCUGCUGGGUGGCCGCCAACGUACACGGAUACACAGCAUGCGGAGUCGACCGUUGUAUCACCGCCUGACCCUGUUGCAAGUGUGCCUGGAACGAGCCGGGCGCCUUAUCCGGCACUGCCUUCGUCGCCGACGCGGUAG